CCCCCCAAGGCGUCUGUCUAUAUAAAGGCCAGUCGCCACCCGUUAGAUCAAUUCGCGUCCUGCAACCAACAAGAGAACAUUGUCCUUACUGUGGUCCUCCGUCGACUAAAUUUUUUAUUCAAUUGCAUCAUCUGAUUUACUUGAUUUGAGCAAAAUGCAGAUCUUUGUCAAGACAUUGACUGGUAAAACCAUCACUCUUGAGGUUGAGCCUUCUGACACUAUUGAGAAUGUUAAGGCCAAGAUUCAAGAUAAGGAAGGUAUUCCACCUGAUCAGCAACGUUUGAUCUUUGCUGGCAAGCAGCUUGAGGAUGGCCGUACUUUGUCCGAUUACAACAUCCAGAAGGAAUCAACUCUCCAUUUGGUUCUGCGCCUCAGAGGAGGAAUGCAGAUCUUUGUUAAAACCCUGACUGGAAAGACUAUCACUUUGGAAGUGGAGCCUUCCGACACGAUUGAGAAUGUCAAGGCGAAAAUCCAAGACAAAGAAGGUAUCCCUCCCGAUCAACAACGUCUUAUUUUCGCUGGUAAGCAGUUGGAAGAUGGACGUACGUUGUCCGACUACAACAUCCAGAAAGAAUCAACCCUUCACUUGGUUCUUCGUCUUCGCGGUGGUAUGCAGAUCUUCGUGAAAACUUUAACCGGGAAAACUAUUACCCUUGAGGUUGAGCCAUCGGAUACCAUCGAAAAUGUCAAGGCAAAAAUUCAAGACAAGGAAGGCAUUCCCCCAGAUCAGCAGCGUCUCAUCUUUGCCGGAAAGCAGUUGGAAGAUGGUCGUACUUUGUCCGAUUAUAACAUUCAAAAAGAGUCGACUCUUCACUUAGUUCUACGUCUCCGCGGCGGAAUGCAAAUUUUUGUCAAAACCUUGACAGGCAAAACGAUCACGCUUGAAGUUGAACCAUCUGACACUAUUGAAAACGUGAAGGCAAAGAUUCAAGAUAAGGAAGGAAUUCCUCCUGAUCAGCAGCGUUUGAUCUUUGCUGGUAAACAACUGGAGGAUGGUCGUACCUUAUCGGAUUAUAACAUUCAAAAGGAGUCGACUCUUCAUCUGGUUCUUCGUCUGCGCGGUGGCAUGCAAAUUUUCGUUAAGACUUUGACUGGCAAAACCAUCACUCUUGAAGUUGAGCCUUCCGACACCAUCGAGAAUGUUAAGGCCAAAAUCCAAGACAAAGAAGGUAUCCCACCCGAUCAGCAGCGUCUUAUUUUUGCUGGAAAGCAACUAGAAGACGGGCGUACGCUGUCUGACUAUAACAUCCAAAAAGAGUCUACUCUUCAUUUGGUAUUGCGUCUACGUGGAGGCAUGCAAAUUUUCGUCAAGACAUUGACGGGCAAAACCAUUACUCUUGAGGUGGAGCCUUCGGACACUAUCGAAAAUGUUAAAGCCAAAAUCCAAGACAAAGAAGGGAUCCCACCCGACCAGCAGCGUCUGAUUUUUGCUGGAAAGCAAUUGGAAGAUGGGCGUACGUUGUCCGACUACAACAUUCAGAAAGAGUCUACGUUGCAUUUGGUGUUGCGUCUGCGUGGAGGUAUGCAGAUUUUCGUCAAGACGUUGACGGGCAAGACCAUUACACUUGAGGUUGAGCCUUCUGACACCAUUGAGAAUGUUAAGGCCAAGAUCCAAGACAAAGAAGGUAUCCCACCCGACCAACAGCGACUUAUUUUUGCUGGAAAGCAACUGGAAGAUGGACGCACGCUAUCCGACUACAAUAUUCAGAAAGAGUCUACACUGCAUUUGGUAUUGCGUCUGCGAGGAGGUAUGCAGAUUUUCGUCAAAACUUUGACGGGGAAAACCAUCACCCUUGAGGUGGAGCCUUCUGAUACUAUUGAAAAUGUUAAGGCCAAAAUCCAGGAUAAAGAAGGUAUUCCGCCCGAUCAACAACGUCUUAUCUUCGCUGGCAAGCAGCUAGAGGAUGGACGUACGUUGUCGGAUUAUAACAUUCAGAAAGAGUCCACCCUUCACUUGGUUCUACGUCUCCGAGGUGGUAUGCAAAUCUUCGUGAAAACCUUGACGGGGAAAACCAUUACUCUCGAAGUUGAACCAUCGGAUACCAUAGAAAACGUAAAAGCUAAGAUUCAGGACAAGGAGGGUAUUCCACCAGAUCAGCAGCGUCUCAUCUUUGCCGGAAAGCAGUUGGAAGAUGGGCGUACGUUGUCUGACUACAACAUUCAGAAGGAGUCUACUUUGCAUCUGGUGCUUCGACUCCGAGGUGGUAUGCAGAUCUUUGUCAAGACGUUGACUGGGAAAACUAUCACGCUCGAAGUUGAACCUUCAGACACAAUCGAAAAUGUUAAGGCUAAAAUCCAAGAUAAGGAAGGUAUUCCUCCCGACCAGCAACGUCUGAUCUUCGCCGGCAAGCAGCUUGAGGAUGGUCGUACGCUUUCAGACUAUAACAUUCAAAAAGAAUCUACCCUUCAUUUAGUUUUACGUCUUCGUGGAGGAAUUUAAAUACCAAAGUUAUUUAAAUACCAAAGUUAUUGAAGUUUCAAGCUUGUCACUAGUUCUAUUCGUUGAACUGGAUGUAUUUUUUUGCCAUCGCAUUGGCGUGUUUUGGUUUUAUGUUGAUUUAAUUGGAAUACAAAUGGAAAUUACAGCAUUGAAA